AUGCUCAUUGGUAUCUGCGGCAGUGUAUGCGCUGGCAAGAGCACAGUUGCCCAGUACCUGGUAGACCACCACGGCUUCAAGCGGCUCCGGAUCGCCGCCGCUCAGCCCCCGAAGCCCGCGCCCAAUGGCGCCGCCGCGGGCGUCCUGGACCUAGCCACGCCCGAGUCGGAGGUGCCCCCGGCGGCCCUCAACGGCGCCUACAAGCAGCAGCAGGUGCUGCUGCCCGUCCACCCGCCGAGGCAGGCCGCCGUCACCUGCGCCUCGGCCGAGGAGCUCCUCGAGUUCGUCACCAAGCGGUGGCGCCAGCGCUGGGUGACGACCGACAUCCCCACCGAGGCCGUGCUCGACACCUUCGCCCGCCGGCCCUUCUUCCUGCUCAUCUCGGUCGACGCCCCGACCACCGUCCGCUGGCGCCGGUACCAGCAGCGCCAGGCCGCCCGGCGGCGGCAGCACCAGCACCAGCACCAGCACCAGCACCAGCAGGCGCAACCAAGCAGCAGCUCCGGCUCCGGCAGUGAUGAACAGGACGGCGCCGGCGGCGGCGGCGGCGGGGGCAUCUCCCUCGAGUCCUUCCUCACCCAGUCGGACGCGCACCUCUACGACCCGGCCCGGGGCCACAUGCCGCUCAUGUCCCGCGCCUCGGUGAAGCUGCUCAACACCUCGACGGACCUAGCGCACCUCUACGCGACCCUCGCGCGCGUCGACCUGCCGAACCCGGACCGCCUCCGCCCCGGGUGGGACACCUACUUCAUGGCGCUCGCCUCCCUCGCCGCCCGGCGCUCCAACUGCAUGAAGCGCCGCGUCGGCUGCGUCCUCGUGCGCGAGCGCCGCGUCAUCUCGACGGGCUACAACGGCACGCCGCGGGGGCUCCGCAACUGCGACGAAGGGGGGUGCGCGCGGUGCAACGAGGGCCUGCUGACGUCGGGCGUCGGGCUCGCGACCUGCCUGUGCAUCCACGCCGAGGAGAACGCGCUGCUCGAGGCCGGCCGCGAGCGCAUCCGCGAGGGCGCCACGCUCUACUGCGACACGUGCCCGUGCCUGACGUGCAGCAUCAAGAUCGCCCAGGUCGGCAUCUCCGAGGUCGUCUACAGCCAGGGGUACAGCAUGGACGGCGACACGGCGGCCGUGUUCCGCGAGGCCGGCGUGCGGCUGAGGCAGUUUGUGCCGCCGGCGGGAGGUCUGAUCCAUCUUGAGAAGAUGGACAUGUUCGAGCAGGAGUAG